UUUUCUGAUCGGGAUCGGGACUCAAACAAAAAACUUCCUGGUUGUAGGAAAAUUGUCCUGUGACCUGUCUUGCCUUUGGAGAAGGAAGAAUCGUAUAAAAUGGAACAGGGGGAUUUUAAAGAGUUACAAGAGCGUUAUGAGAAACUGAAAGCACUAUCUAGUCAAGUUCUUGUGCAGUAUGAUGAUUUGCUGUUUAAAUUCCAAGAAAAUGAGAAAGCGUAUCAUGGUGUUGUGCACAGACUGAAGCUCAGAGAAAGUCAGCUGAAAGAGAUGAAGAAAUUGAUUCAGCCGGCUAUAUCAGAGUAUGAGAGAAUGAAAAUGAAGUAUGAGAUGGAGUUAAACUGUCGGACUCAGGCAGAAGUGUUUGCCACCAAGAUUUCCACCCAGAACAAGGAGCUGAAACGACAAUCCAAAAUGUUGUUGGAUCUCCAAGGCCCAAACCCUCCGGACAUCACCAAGAUGAACCUGGAUCUAGAUGAAAAGGAAGAUUCCAUGGAGGAUUAUCAUCAGGAGCAGUCAGAGAUGAUUCAGAAGCUGGAAGAGGAAAUCGUCACCAUUAAACAGGAACUGAGUGUGGUUAGAGAGGACCUUUUGAUUGAGAAAGAACACUCCAGCAAAUGGAAGAACAAGUUUGAAGAAAUGAAAGAGAGUCAGGGUGAGACAGAGAUAGUGGUAGCCCAGUACAAGGAAGCCAUGAAAGACCUCUCUAAAGUGUCUGAGGAGGCAGUGAAGGAGUAUGAAGCAUUGCAGCAGAAAUAUGAGUUGGAGCAGCAGUGCCGGUCUGGAGCAGAACAAUUUGCUACAGAGAUUCGGAUUCAGAACGAGGCCAUGAAGAAACAGAGCAUGAUCUUAUUAACAGAGGCUGCCUCUGAUCCCAAGCUGAUGAUGGCUCUGGCUGAAGUGGAGCAACUCACCCAGGAAAUAGAAACCCAGAAGCAGAAAUAUGAGCAGGAGAUUAAAGAGUUGAAGGAAACUGCGGAGGACAAGGUGUUUGAGGAGCCAGAUAACUCUGCCUUUCAGGAGGAAAUCAGGCGAUUGGAGGAAAAGGUCAAAGUGUUUGAGGAACAGUAUAACAAACUGCAGGACAAAUACAAAGCCUUGGAGUUGAAGUUUGAAGAGGCAACACGACCACCACCCCCACCCCCUCCACCCCCACCCCCUUCCCUGACUUCCAAGUCUAAAGGAUUCUUAUCUCGACUGAAAAGAAAGGACUCAAAGAAAAAGAAGCCUGUUGGUGUUUUCAGGCAGGAAAGAGCAUGGUUAACACAACAUGCGGCUAUGAAUGACACAUUUUCAAAAGCAUUAGGUGAAAUGAUGGAUCGCAUCAACAGCGGAAAGCCACUAACAUCCAGUGGGCGUACAAAACGCAGGGGAGAUUUUGACCAGGUAUGUAAAUUGGGUUCAGGAAGACUGCUAGAGAUUGUAACAUCCCGAGAACAUCAGUAGUGGAAUUUUAUGUUGCGUAUAUGUUAAUUUAAUAUUGAUUAUAUGUUAAUUUAAUGUCGUGUAUAUGUAAAUUACCUGUUACCCCCACACUUCCUGUAAUUAGGUCACCUGAAUUCAUUCAGGUGACCUAUUGCUAUCUGUUUUUGUCCGUCGUCGUGCGUUAACAUUUGAACAUUUUCAGCUUCUUCUCUGAAACCCCUGAACCAAUUUCAACCAAUUUUGGCAUAUAGCAUCUGUGGGUGGAGGGGAACAAAAAUUGUGAAAUUCGUGGUCCCUGCCCCCCUGGGGCCUGAGGGGUGGGGCAAAAACCAUCAAAAUGAGUGUAAUUUUAAAAAAUCUUCUUCUUUACUCCUGGACAUCAAGAAGCCAAACUGUGGGCAUAAUUAUAAUGAGCGUUGAGCCCUCUACCAAAAUUGUGAAAUUCAUGGCCCCUGGGGCAGGAGUUCUGGUGCUAGGGUGGGGCUCUAUAAGUCAUAUAGUGAAAAUGCAUUAUUUCUUUGAAAAUCUUCUUCUCUGUCCUUGGGUAUUAAGUAGACAAACCAAUAGCAUGGUUAUGGUGAGCAAGGAUGCCUCUUUCAAAAUUGUGAAAUUCAUGGCCCCUGGGUCAGGGGUUCUGGUAUUAGGGUGGGGCCCUAUUGAUCAUAUAGUGAAAAUGCAUUUUAUUUCUUUGAAAAUCUUCUCCUCUGCUGCUGGGUAUUAAGUAGACAAACUAAUAGUAUGAUAAUGAUGAUCAAGGAUGCUUCUUUCAAAACUGAAAUUUAUGGCCCCUGGGUCAGGGGUUUUGGUGCAAAGGCGGGGCUGAUUGAUUAUAUAGUGAAAAUGCAAUAUUUCUUUGAAAAUCUUCUGUUUUUGUCCGUCGUCGUGCGUUAACAUUUGAACAUUUUCAGCUUCUUCUCUGAAACCCCUGAACCAAUUUCAACCAAUUUUGGCAUAUAGCAUCUGUGGGUGGAGGGGAACAAAAAUUGUGAAAUUCAUGGUCCCUGGGGCCUGAGGGGUGGGGCAAAAACCAUCAAAAUGAGUGUAAUUUUAAAAAAUCUUCUUCUUUACUCCUGGACAUCAAGAAGCCAAACUGUGGGCAUAAUUAUAAUGAGCGUUGAGCCCUCUACCAAAAUUGUGAAAUUCAUGGCCCCUGGGGCAGGGGUUCUUGUGUUAGGGUGGAGCUCUAUUGGUCAUAUAGUGAAAAUGUAGAAAUUCUUUGAAAAUCUUCUUAUAUUGGUUUUAUCUAAGGAGUAAAUAACCCUUUUCUUUAUGAUGUCUCAGACCUAGGUUUUUUAAAAAGGAUUAUUGAUUGAACGUAAAAAUGACACAUGUACUUCAUGACCACAUAGCUAUUCAAUGUUUCUUCCAUCCAAAAGUAAAAUUCUUAUAUUUAAACACAAACCUAAUUCAAACAUUGGAAGGUUGUUACAUGAUACUCAGGUGACCUAUAAGGCCCCUGGGCCUCUUGUUCUUGUACAUGUCGUCCAUAUGAUAUUUUGUACAAAAUGGCACAUCUACUUCUGCGUUCCUGUUGUGUGUUUGUUGUGGACCUGACAAGCUGUAUGUCCUACAUAUCAAAGAUUAAUGGUCGUUAAAUUUAGAUUAAAGUCCAAUGACCAUAAUCUCUAGAUAAUGACUCCUAUAUCAAUUCAAUAGAAGUGUUAAUUGGAGAAAGUACAGUAAACUUGGAAAUGAUCACAUCCAUGGUGACUUUUCGCAAAAUUUGUUAUAAUGGCAAUAUUGGUAUCUUAUUCUUACAUGUUCUUUAUUUCUUCAAAAAUAUUUUCGAAGUGGUUUAGUGUACAUAAAUUGUACAUACGUGUACAUGUGAAACUCCUUGUCCCUUCCAUGAAUAUUCAUAUUAAUUUCUUGAAUGCAUUGGAGAGGGAAAAAAUGCAUUUUGUCCUACAUACUAUGCAUAAAAAUGUUGCAUUAGUUUUAUGAUAAAAA